AGAAUCACAGAGCUAAGGUGCGUGGCUAACUCUUCAACAACUCUCGUUCUCACUCAUUUUUCGACGAACAUAAAACUGAAGAAUUUUCUUUCUAAGAGCGAGAGAGAAAGGUUGGAGACGAGAGGUGCGGAGUGCAAGCUUGGAGUGCGAAACGCGAGAGUCUACGGAGUUGGUGGAAUUACUUUUGGAAGAACAAAGUUUCUAGAGGAACAAGAAACAAAGAGCGGUUGCAAAAGCGAUUUCGAAGAAUGAGAGUGAGAAAGAGAGAACGAGUGGUUCGCCGAUAGAACGAGAACCUAAGAAAAAAAAAGGGGACGCUUUCAGUGAAGAGGUAGCUGUUGCAGCCAGGCACCUGCUUCCAUUCCUGGUGAGCCCUCAGACAUCAUGACUUGUGCUGAGAAAAUCUCUGGCUUACAAUUGUCUUGCAAGAGGUCUUCAAGAAAGUGCCAACAUCACUGAGAAGCAUGCUACAAGUUCUGCGUUCUAGCAGAAGAUUGUGACCAACCUGGUUGUGUGAAACUGGUGAAGGCUACAAUUUUAGCCUUUUGACACUUCCAAGUGCAAAAGGCUAGAGAUUUUUAAGUGUGAACACUUUGGAAGAGUUGGAAAAAUUAGCAAAAGAGGAGGUUUCAAAAGCAACGGUCUUGUUGUUCCCUUCUGAUAGAGUAGAACACAGUUGUAGUCCAAAUAAGAGGUUUUUUGAUUGAGAGGGAAGUGUAGUGAGAAAAAUGCGUCGGUUGAUUUUGAUUUCAUCACGUUCAAAUCUACUUCCACGUUUUCAAUUUCAAACCUUAUCCACAACCACCGACCCAGAGAGGCCUUUUCCUAUCCCUCCACCACCUGAUGAGGCCACCGUUCGCCAGACGCUGCUCUCCUUCAACAAUGACUGGAAGCGAGCCUUGGAGUUCUUCGAUUGGGUUGAGGAAUCUCACUCCCACUGCAACUUUUGUCACUCUACUGACACUUUCAACCUCAUGCUCGACAUCCUGGCCAAGUUCUUCGAGUUUGAUCUCUGUUGGCACCUCAUCCGCCGCAUGCACUCCCGCUCCUCUUCUUCCCCAAACCACACCACAUUCCGUGUCAUGUUUAAGCGCUAUGUUUCUGCCCAUCUUGUUCAAGAUGCCAUUGACACCUUCCACCGCCUCCAAGAGUUCAACCUCAAGGACCACACCUCGUUCUCCCUCCUUAUAGAUGCCCUCUGCGAGUACAAGCACGUCCUUGAGGCACAAGACCUUGUCUUCUCUAAAGACACGCCCAUCGAUGCAAUUGGAAACACCAAGAUCCACAACAUGGUUCUCCGCGGGUGGUUCAAAUUGGGUUGGUGGAGCAAAUGCAACGAGUUCUGGGAGGAGAUGGAUAGAAAAGGGGUUCAAAAGGACUUGCACUCAUAUUCAAUUUACAUGGAUAUUCUGUGCAAAGCGGGAAAACCUUGGAAGGCUGUCAAAUUGUUCAAAGAGGUUAAGAGGAAGGGUUUCCAAUUAGAUGUUGUGGUUUAUAACAUUCUCAUUCGAGCCAUUGGUAUUUCCCAAGGGGUUGAUUUCUCAAUUAGAGUUUUCCGUGAAAUGAAGGAGUUGGGUAUUAACCCCACUAUUGUCACUUACAACACUUUGAUUAGGCUUUUGUGUGAUUGCUACAGACACAAGGAGGCACUUGCCUUGCUUCGAACCAUGGCUCGAGAUGGUUGCCACCCCACUGUCAUUUCUUACCAUUGUUUUUUUGCCUCUAUGGAGAAGCCUAAACAGAUACUUGCUAUGUUUGAUGACAUGAUAGAGGGUGGGGUUAGGCCCAGCAUGGACACCUAUGUCAUGCUCCUGAACAAGUUUGGUAGGUGGGGGUUUCUUCGCCCGGUUUUUAUGAUAUGGAAUAGAAUGGAGCAACUCGGGUGUAGUCCUGAUGCAGCAGCUUACAAUGCCUUGAUAGAUGCUCUUGUUGACAAAGGGUUGAUAGAUAUGGCCAGGAAGUACGAUGAGGAGAUGUUAGCGAAAGGACUUUCUCCUAAGCCAAGAAAAGAGUUGGGGACAAAGCUGUUAGGAGGAGAAUCUGCUGAUUUAUUGGAAGAGUAUUCUCAAAGUACCAUAUGUACUUCAGUGGCUUAAGGUCUAGUUUUUCAAAGAUUCUAUAAUAUUUUGUAUUUUUGAAUCUAGCACACUUUUGCUAAUUGGACUAAUGCUAGUCUUGGUUUUACAUAGCGCAGAUGAACUGGAAAGUUUUGUUGGUCGAUAAUAGAAAGUGUUAAAUGUAUUUGAUACAAAAACUUAAUGCCCGUAUAUUUGACCAAGACAUCAGUGGAAGGGCACAUUCCGAAAUUGGAGAUAUUGAUAAAAGUACGAGUGGAGAGUCCAACCAAAAUGCUAGCUCGUCAGUUGAGAGAGAUCCACAACUUAAGUACCACUUCAAGUAGCUCGUUAGUUGACCUGUCCGAUUUUGCCUCCCCUCCGUUUUCUGAAUGAGAAAUAUUCGGGCCAUGAAUUUCAAAUUGCUCCUACCGAAUAGACAUUACCACAAUAUUCAGAAGUUAAACCAAAAUUUUGAAGUUUGCCUUGUCAGUGGAGAUUUUCUGAUUUUGAUUUCAGAUGAAAUAGGACUCUACUUCACAUAUGGCCAUCCAUGGGUUCAAGUCGGAGGCGUUGCCCCUGAUAAGCCACUUGACUCUGCUGUCUUGAGUCGUUUGAAGCAGUUAUCUGUAAUGAAUAAGCCCAAAAAAAUAGCCAUUUGAGCGAGUAUCACUAUUUAUUUGGGAAUAGAAAUACAUUGCAGGUAAUUGCUGAAAGUUUGUCUGAGGAAGAAAUUGCAGGACUGAAAGAAAUGUUCAGGAUGAUAGACACGGAUAAUAGCGGACAGAUCACUCUUGAGGAACUGAAAAAGGGUUUGGAGAGUGUGGGUUCUGUUCUUAAGGAUUCUGAAAUUGCUUGGUUAAUGCAAGCGGUAAGUGCUUGCCUGCAAUCCAAAUUGGCCGUUCUAUGUGUGCUACUGUUUCUUGUACUAAAGGACCUGUGACUAUUUGUGAACUAUUGCAGUCUCACUCACAGCUAGAACAUGUAAGUACAUGCAUGCACUUAGAAAAAUCUUUGUGCUUCAAGGAGAGGAAACUUGAAUGCCUUGAUAUAAUGGAUGGUAGAACGAUUUCUCAGCAUGUGAUCUAAUGGUGUUAGAAUGCCGGUUCGCACUCUACAUCAAAUUGGUCACAAAUUUCCGAAAGCAAUGUUGAAGUGCAUGCAUUUACGAGAGAUAUGAAUGUUCUUCCAGCUGUGAAGUUAUUGAGUCUUUAAAACCAUGCUAUGCCUUGCCAUCUUUCAGUCACUCUCAAACCAUAUAAAAAUUUAUUAUUAUAGUACCUAAAAUUAGAAUAAUAUAUAUCUAGAAUAA